AUUGCUUUUAAAAAAAAAUAUAAUCAAGGGUAGAAACUAGAAAGACAAGGAAAAAAAAGACUUGGUCAAUUCCUUUUCUAUAUUCCCACCCAAAUCCCAAUUGUUUUGUGCUUUUCUUCUUCCCUUCCCUUCCCUUCUAUCUGAUCUGUACUUUCCAGUUUCCAUUCACACAGUUCACAGCUCCCAACUCUUCUCUCUUGCUUCCACACUCCAUUGAUCAGUACCCAUAAUCACAGAUCUCAAUUUGCACCUGCAACUACAAACAUUUUACUUAAUCACUUACCUUGUAUUUUCUCAAGAUUCAAGUUCAAUCCUUGUGCAAACUACUUCCAUUAAUGGUUCCUUCAUAGCUGUGAAAAAUCAAGGGAUUUGGUUUGAUUUGAAGCUGAUUAUACUGUUUGUUUCUUCAAUUUCAAUGGCGUCAACUUCGGAUGAUGCUGCUCAAUUAUCUAAGGAUAACAUCAAGGGUUUAGUUCUUGCUUUAUCAUCCAGUUUCUUUAUUGGUGCUAGUUUCAUUGUUAAAAAGAAAGGACUGAAAAAGGCUGGUGCUUCUGGUAUUAGAGCAGGAGUUGGAGGGUAUUCUUAUCUUUAUGAACCGUUAUGGUGGAUCGGAAUGAUUACUAUGCUUGUAGGAGAAAUUGCCAACUUUGCCGCUUAUGCAUUUUCACCUGCCAUUUUGGUGACUCCUCUUGGGGCAUUAAGUAUCAUCAUCAGUGCUGUUCUUGCACAUAUCAUUUUAAAGGAGAAGCUACAUAUUUUUGGGAUGCUUGGUUGUGUUUUAUGUGUUGUUGGUUCAACUACAAUAGUUCUACAUGCUCCUCCAGAGCGUGAGAUUCAAUCUGUUAUAGAAGUCUGGAACCUAGCUACGGAACCCGGUUUUCUCUUUUAUGCUGCUCUAGUAAUGACUGCAGUGUUUGUGCUCAUAUUUCAUUUUAUUCCGGAAUAUGGACAUACACAUAUUAUGGUUUAUAUUGGCAUUUGUUCAUUGGUGGGCUCUUUAUCGGUCAUGAGUGUGAAAGCUCUUGGAAUUGCUUUGAAGUUGACAUUCUCUGGAAUAAAUCAAUUUAUAUAUCCUCAAACAUGGGCGUUCGGUAUGAUUGUUGCUGCUUGUGUGGUUACCCAAUUAAAUUACUUGAACAAGGCUCUUGAUACAUUCAACACUGCUGUUGUAUCUCCGAUAUAUUAUGUCAUGUUCACUUCAUUUACAAUACUGGCUAGUGUGAUUAUGUUCAAGGACUGGGACAGACAGAAUCCAACACAAAUAGUGACUGAAAUGUGUGGUUUCGUGACUAUCCUUUCGGGGACCUUUCUUCUUCACAAAACAAAGGACUUAUCUGAUGGUUUAUCUAGUUGUUUGCCUGUGAAGCUGGGUAAGCACAUAGGGGAAAAUGGAUUCGAGGACUCCGAGGGUAUACCCCUUAGACGGCAAGAUUCUAUGAGAUCGCCAUGAUACAUUUGACUGUAGUAUAUCGAGAAAUUGAUACACUUUUAUGGGAAGGAGGCCAAAAAAACACCAUCUUGUAUGUUUCAACCGCAUAUGCAUCCCCACCAAUCUUAGGUAAGCGAAGACGAAAAGAUGAUUCUUCCUUCGUUGUCUUACAUCAUGGUGCCCCAAAUCUCUCCGGAAUUGUAGGUAUUAUAGUCAUAAUCAUUUCUUAUAUUGGCGAGUGUCUUUCCAUUUGCGAAAUGUAGCAGAAUUAGCUGCGGAAGAGCGACAACACGAGGCUAAAGGAGACGACACCAUUGAAUAGCCCCGAUGGUAGUUACCGGUGUGUUCCGUGGAGUUUAUCACACAAGCUUAGUAGAUGUGUAGCAUUUGUAUAUUGUCAUUACUAAAGCUAUGAUUCUUCUAUUCUUACCAAUUUGUCAAGUUUACUUGGAAGUUUUUAAUCUAUUACAAGAUGGAAAUACAAGGCUUUCUAGACUA